UCAUAAUAAUGUAAUAGUCCGGUGCCGCCGCUAUACACGUGUGUCCGAAACAAUAUGAUAAUAUUAUUAUUAUAAGUUAUAACAUAUACACGACAAUAAUAUGGUACAUUAUAUUGUAGUACUUGAGAUCGCGGUAAAGUUCUAAUGUUAAUAAUAGUAAUAGUGCGCCGGGACGUGAUUUUGACAACUCCGCUGCAAGACUGAUUAUAUUAAUAUAUCGUGAGAUAUAGGUACAAAAACGCAGCCACCGCCGUGUAUUGUUGCGUUUCGUUUUCGUCGUCACCAUCGUCGUGGUAAUAUACGAUAUGAGCCGCAUGCGUCUUGGCGUGGCGGUUGCAUAACGUUAUUAUAAUAUUAUUAUCCGUCCAACAGGACCGGUGCCGAAGGAUAUGCUAGACCUAAAAGCUCACUGUUGUCCACUUUACAGCGGACUGGACUCGCCGCUAAUCCCUUGGCCGGGGCUCAAGUUUGCAUGCGUCCGAAUACUCGAACUUUACGGCAAAGUCUUCGGGCAGGAAGAGCUUUGUGAACUUAUUAUUAGGAAGACAUGCGGUAGCUGCAAAUGCACGAAAGACUCGCACGAUGUGCUGCACGAGGAGUGGGUCAACGUACGCGACCGGCUUGGUUUCAAGCCCGUUCAAGACCCGGACAAGAGAGUGUCGAAGGAAAGGUCUUACAGCCAAGGGUACUCGUGGGUUCCUCCUGGGCUUCCUAGUCACAAGGUAGAGAAAUACUUCAACAGUUUACCGUCCAACAAAGUUCCUAAACUGGGUACGGCUGGCGAGAAGUACAGAGACAAGCAGGUAGUCGUGCAACUGCCGAAACAAGACUUAGCCUUGACUUAUUGUAAACAUGUGGAACAAAGGCAUCAUCAGAGCUACGAAGACUUUAUAAAUGCUAGAAACGAGAUAGCGUUAGACAUCGGAUAUGCUAGAGAAUGUACUUACCACGUGGAAUGUCCGAAAUGUAAGAAAAAUGUCGAACCAGGUGAAAUAGGAGUAUUCGCGUCUAAAUUUGGCGAUACAGUUUUAUGGCAUCCGACGUGUUUCACUUGUACCGAAUGCCAAGAGCUGCUUGUCGACUUAACUUACUGUCUGUACGAAGAUCAUUUGUAUUGCGAACGUCAUUAUGCACAACAAUUCAAACCAAGGUGUUCGGCUUGCGAUGAGCUAAUUUUCAGUGGAGAAUACACCAAGGCUAUGAACAAGGACUGGCAUUCCGGUCAUUUCUGUUGCUGGCAAUGUGACGAAUCGUUAACAGGACAGCGAUAUGUGCUCAGAGACGAUCAUCCGUAUUGCAUCAAAUGCUACGAAUCUGUGUUCGCCAACCCGUGCGACGAAUGCGACAAGACCAUCGGAAUCGACUCUAAAGAUUUGUCGUACAAGGAUAAACAUUGGCACGAAGCUUGUUUCUUGUGCAGCAAAUGUCGCGUCUCGUUGGUGGACAAACAGUUUGGAUCAAAAGUGGAAAAAAUCUAUUGCGGAAAUUGCUAUGACACUCAAUUUGCUGCUAGAUGCGACGGCUGUGGAGAUAUAUUUCGCGCAGGAACGAAAAAGAUGGAGUACAAGACCAGACAAUGGCACGAGAAAUGUUUCAGCUGCGUUGUGUGCAAGUCGGCCAUCGGCACCAAGAGCUUUAUACCAAGGGAACAGGAAGUUUACUGCGCCACUUGCUACGAAGAAAAGUUCUCGACCCGCUGCGUUAAGUGUGACAAGAUUAUCACUAGUGGCGGCGUGACAUAUAAAAACGAACCUUGGCACAGGGAAUGCUUCACGUGUAGCCAUUGCAGCACGUCGCUGGCUGGACAGCGUUUCACGUCCAGAGACGAAAAGCCGUUCUGUGGAGAUUGUUUCGGAGAGUUGUUCGCCAAAAGAUGCACUUCAUGUGUAAAACCGAUUACAGGAAUCGGCGGCACUAGAUUCAUCUCGUUCGAGGACCGCCACUGGCACAACGAUUGUUUCAUCUGCGCCGCCUGCAAGACCUCACUUGUCGGCAGGGGCUUCAUCACCGACGCCGAAGACAUCAUUUGCCCGGAAUGCGCCAAGCAGAAGCUCAUGUAAACACGGCGCCGCACAUAAUCGACACGACCACCUGCAACACGCACUCCAUCGUAUCACUAUUUAAUACGUUAUGUUUUAUCAACGCCGUCUUAACGUCACUAUAAAUUAUUAUAAUAAUAAUAAUAUACAUACAUAAAUGCAAUACACAUUAGAUAAAGAAAAUAUGAACUUAUACUGUCGUCGACGACAGACACCUGUCGCCUUUUUUAUGGCUUACACAAGGCACCCAAUACCCAUCACCAUACGGUGACGACGCAGUGACGGCAAUAUUCGUAUUGUCCGUCAAAUAUUAUAAUAUUAAUUUUGUGUCCAAGCUCCGGCACCGGAUCCGCGUUAUUUAUUUAUUUGUUUUUAUUUAUUCGUACGUUUUUCAUGUAUCGACACGUGUGCCUUAACGUAUCUAAUGUAUAUCGUAUAUCACUAUAAUAUAGAAAUGUAUUAGAUAUUGAUAAAUAUAAUAAUAUAUAUUGAUGUAAACCCACAUAAUAUUAAUAGAUAGAUUUAUAUUUAUUUAUAUAUUAUAAAACUAACAAAACAAUUAUUAUUAUGCGUAGAUCAAAAGGUACUAAAUACUUAAAAUUUUUUUAAAAAAAAAAAAAAUAAUAAUAAUAACAAUAGGUAAUAAAACUUAUGUAGUUCACUAACCCUGCGUUUGAAUAUUAUAACUAUAACUAUAUACAUUUAUAUACCUAAAUUAAAUUUAUUUAAAUGUAAUUUUCAUUAAGUUAUACACUAGCAUUUAAGUUACAUAACCACCCUUGUUAAUUUAUUACUCAAAAGUAUUAUUAUGAUUUUUUUUGUGAUUAACUAGUCAGGUCUUGUUAUUAAAAUGUUAUUAUAAAUAUUAUAUUAUUAUGUACAAUAUAAUAUUAUAUAAUAACAACCUUAUGUUUUUCUCCCUUUAGGUACAUACUGUAAACUUGUGGCCUUAUCUAUACCGUCCCCAUCCCCGAAGUCCUUCAUUACAAUAAUAUUAUCUAUUUUUAUCUUAUAGGAGAUGUUAGAAGCUAGAAUACUAUACAAGGCAUAUUUUACAGUGAUUAUUUCGCUUAAUAUUAUUACGUUUUUAUUGUCAAUAUAAAAAUCGAGCACAGUGCUGUGAAACGUUUCACCUUAUACAUUUUAAUGAUAAAUUAAAUAAGGUGGGCUAGUAAAUGUAUACCUUACACAUAUACAUAGAUAUAAUAUAGAAUUAUAUUAUAUAGGUAGGUAAUGUGUAAUCGAUUUAACUAACCAAAAACUCGGCUAACCGAAUUCUCGAAAUCUGUUUCGACUCAUACUCUUAACACAUAAAAUUUACUAUUAUAAUAAUUAUUAUUAUUUGUACACGAUAUUAUCUGUGUUAAAUAUAUCGUAUGUAGUCUUUUUAUUUUAGUAAUUAAAAUUAUAUUGGUGUUAAUUGUCGAAUA